GCCGACAAGCCCCUGGAGAAGCCCCUGAAGCUAGUCCUCAAAGUCGGAGGAAGCGAAGUGACUGAACUCUCAGGAUCCGGCCACGACUCCAGUUACUAUGACGACAGGUCAGACCAUGAGCGAGAGAGGCACAAAGAAAAGAAAAAGAAGAAGAAGAAGAAAUCCGAGAAGGAGAAGCAUCUGGACGAUGAGGAAAGGAGGAAGCGAAAGGAAGAGAAGAAGCGGAAGCGAGAGAGGGAGCACUGUGACACGGAGGGAGAGGCUGACGACUUUGAUCCUGGGAAGAAGGUGGAGGUGGAGCCGCCCCCAGAUCGGCCAGUCCGAGCGUGCCGGACACAGCCAGCCGAAAAUGAGAGCACACCUAUUCAGCAACUCCUGGAACACUUCCUCCGCCAGCUCCAGAGAAAGGAUCCCCAUGGAUUUUUUGCUUUUCCUGUCACGGAUGCAAUUGCUCCCGGAUAUUCAAUGAUAAUAAAACAUCCCAUGGAUUUUGGCACCAUGAAAGACAAAAUUGUAGCUAAUGAAUACAAAUCAGUUACGGAAUUUAAGGCAGAUUUCAAACUGAUGUGUGAUAAUGCAAUGACAUACAAUAGGCCAGAUACCGUGUACUACAAGUUGGCGAAGAAGAUACUUCACGCAGGCUUUAAGAUGAUGAGCAAAGAGCGGCUGUUAGCUUUGAAGCGCAGCAUGUCGUUUAUGCAGGACAUGGAUUUUUCUCAGCAGGCAGCUCUUCUGGGCAAUGAGGAUACAGCUGUUGAGGAACCUGUCCCUGAAGUUGUACCCGUACAAGUAGAAACUGCCAAGAAAUCCAAAAAGCCGAGUAGAGAAGUGAUCAGCUGCAUGUUUGAGCCUGAAGGGAAUGCCUGCAGCUUGACGGACAGUACCGCAGAGGAGCACGUGCUGGCGCUGGUGGAGCACGCGGCUGACGAGGCUCGGGACAGGAUCAACCGGUUCCUCCCAGGCGGCAAGAUGGGCUAUCUGAAGAGGAACGGGGACGGGAGCCUGCUCUACAGCGUGGUCAACACGGCCGAGCCGGACGCUGAUGAGGAGGAGACCCACCCGGUGGACUUGAGCUCGCUCUCCAGUAAGCUGCUCCCAGGCUUCACCACGCUGGGCUUCAAAGAUGAGAGAAGAAACAAAGUCACCUUUCUCUCCAGUGCCACUACUGCGCUUUCGAUGCAGAAUAAUUCAGUAUUUGGUGACUUGAAGUCGGACGAGAUGGAGCUGCUGUAUUCAGCCUACGGAGAUGAGACAGGCGUGCAGUGUGCGCUGAGCCUGCAGGAGUUUGUGAAGGAUGCUGGGAGCUACAGCAAGAAAGUGGUGGAUGACCUCCUGGACCAGAUCACAGGUGGAGACCACUCCAGGACGCUCUUCCAGCUGAAGCAGAGAAGAAACGUUCCCAUGAAACCUCCAGAUGAAGCCAAGGUUGGGGACGCCCUAGGAGACAGCAGUGGCUCUGUUCUGGAUUUCAUGUCGAUGAAGUCGUAUCCCGACGUCUCUGUGGAUAUCUCCGUGCUCAGCUCUCUGGGGAAGGUGAAGAAGGAGCUGGACCCCGACGACAGCCAUUUGAACUUGGAUGAGACAGCCAAGCUCCUGCAGGACCUGCACGAAGCACAGGCAGAGCGCGGCGGCUCUCGGCCGUCGUCCAACCUCAGCUCCCUGUCCAACGCCUCCGAGAGGGACCAGCACCACCUGGGAAGCCCUUCUCGCCUGAGUGUCGGGGAGCAGCCAGAUGUCACCCACGACCCCUAUGAGUUUCUUCAGUCUCCAGAGCCUGCGGCCUCCACCAAGACCUAACUCUAGACCACCUGCAGCUCUUUUGUUUCAUUUUUUUAGUUUUAUUUUGCAUGUGUAGAGUUUUUGUCAUCGGACAAGGACUUUGAUCUUCCCCCUCUGGCAUGCGGGAAGCAACCCUGGGGAGGUAACGAAUUGUCUGUGGUAUCAUGUCAGCGAGAGAGUCUCUGUGCCCAGCCCCGUGAACCCGGGGGAGUGGAGUCAUACGCAGAGGCCGUGUGGCCAUCGUGUCAGCGAGAGAGUGUGCACAGCCCCGUGAACCCAGGGGAGUGGAGUCAUGCAUGAAGGGCGUAUGGCCGGGCCGCGGAACCGUGUGCAAUCUGUGUCCAAAUAUCACGUGUGGCUCCAGCCCUUGUUUCUGCCAGUGUAGACACCUCUGUCUGCCCCCCUGUCCUGGGGUCGCUCUUGGGAGGCACAGGCGUGGGUGUGUCUGGCCUCCUUCUCUUAUCAGUCCUGCGUGUUCCUCUCAUUGUUUGUGUUUCCCAGGCAGGCCGUGGUAGGGGCCUCGCAGGGGCCAGUGGGGAGCGCAGGGCCAGGCUGGGGUGAGGAGAGCCCCCCCCGUUUUCUGUUCAUUUGAUGAGCCUGAGAAAGGAGUGCUUCUGCCUGCCCGUUACAGUGGAGCGUUCCGUGUCCAUAAAACGUUUUCUAACUGG